GCCUUAGAAUUAUACUCCCCUUCGAAUCAGUUAUUAUAUAUUUUUAAUUCCUUUCAAAAUGUCGUUCGACCAAAAGGAGAUCUUUAGCUUAAUGUACAAGCUGGCCCGGCUGAUUGUUCCAGAUACUAGGGUUGAAUUUGAUUCCAUGGGUCCUGUGCACAUUCCCCUGGAUCGGAUGUAUGGACCGAUGACCAUGCGAUCACUGAUGAAGUUUCCCAUUGGUGGAGUUGAAGAGCGCAUGCCACGAUCCAUUAUUAAGGCCAUGGGUGUGGUGAAGAAGGCAGCUGCGGAGGCGAACAAGGGUUGUGGCAUGGAGGAGCGUCUGUGCGAGGCCAUCUCCAAGGCCUGUGACGAUGUCAUAUCUGGGAAGCUGUACGACGAAGAGCACUUUCCCCUGGUCAUCUGGCAGUCGGGUUCUGGGGAGCAUACCAAUAUGAAUGUUAACGAGGUGGUGUGCAACCGUGCCAUUGAGAUCCUUGGCGGCCAGAUGGGCACCAAAGAGCCGGUGGACCCCAAUGAACAUGUCAAUUUCUCGCAGAGCCCCAACGACGCCUUCUCCACGGCCGUUCGCAUCGCCGUGGCCAUGGAGCUGCAGGAGAAUUUGUAUCCUGCUCUGAGGACCUUCAUUGAUUUGCUGUGCAAGAAGAUGCACGAUUGGGAAUCCAUUGUCAAGAUAGGACGUACACAUAUGAUGGACGCUGUGCCGCUGACCCUUGGCCAGGAGUUUAGUGGCUAUUACCAGCAACUUACGAAUGGCAGAGAUCGAUUGGAUUCGGCUUUGAGCCGGCUGUAUGAGCUGCCCAUCGGAGGUAAUGAUGUGGGCACGGGUCUGAACACAAAGGAGGGAUUUGAAGAAACCUGCAUUAAACGGAUCGCCGAGAUAUCGAGUCUGCCAUUUGUGAAGUCUCCAAAUGUCUUCGAGUCCAUGUCCACCUGUGAUGCCCUGGUUGAAUUACACGGACAACUCAACACCAUAGCGGCUAGUUUGCUGAAAAUAGCCAACGAUAUCCGCCUCCUGGCAUCGGGACCCCGCAGCGGACUGGGUGAGCUCCAUCUGCCGCAGAGUGAACCGGCUAUCCCGCUUUCGCCCGGCAUCGUGAUUCCCAGUCAGUGUGAGGCCCUUACCAUGAUCUGUGCCCAGGUGAUGGGCAAUCAUGUGGCUGUUUCGGUGGGCGCAAGUAGCGGACAGUUCCAGGUGAAUGCCUUUAUGCCGAUGAUCGGUGCCAAUGUCCUGCGAUCCGUUACGAUUCUGGGCGACGGCAUGAGAUCCUUUUGUGCCAACUGCCUGGAGGGCAUAGAGCCUAAUACGUGUAGGAUUGACAAAUUCACAAAGACCUCGUUGAUGCUAGUCACGGCUCUGAGUCCCCACAUUGGCUAUGAGCGAUCCGCCGCAAUUGCCAUGGCGGCUCACAGGAAUGGAACCACCUUGAAGCAGGAGGCCCUGAAUGCGGGUAUCGAAAGUGAGGAGUUUAUAAAAUGGGUGCAGAUCAAUAAUAUGCUGCAUCCCAGUGAUUAAGGAAAGACGAUUUCCUAAUGAGAAUAGUUUGUUUUAAAGUGUAUUGUAAAAUUGUCUCAUUGCAAAGUAAAAUUAAAGAAGUUUUACUGAGAAACUAAA